AUGUCAAAUAAUAACCAUAAGACUGAACUAACCACUCUCGUUAAUGAACUAAUGACUGAUAUUGACUCGAAGCCACUCCACCCAAGAAAUAAGCUUCUCGCGUACAGUCGUUAUGUCUUAUCCAAAUUAUCCUGGCAUUUCACCAUCGCAACACUUUCGAAAACAUGGGUUAUUGAAAAUAUUGAUCCCGUAGUCAACCAAAUUCCAAUCUCAGGAACACUAAGUACUGUUUUCCUAACUUGUAACAAAUUUGGUCAAAGUAUUUAUCCUCCAUCGAUGAAAUUUAUCCAAUGCCAAACAGUUCUUCGAAAAGCUUUAAAACUUUCUCCUAAUCAAUCAAUUAACAAACUGUGGAAAUCUACUAAUACUCAUACUAAUAUCCAAUACGACUUUUACAAGUCAAUCAAAGAAGUGCUUAAAGAUUUUCGCUCUGAACAUGAAGAUAAACUCAAAAACGAAUUAACUUAUCAGCGAUCCUUUUUCUCUAAUGUAACAAAGUUAUCCUUGUUGCAUCUUAACAAAGUGUGGUCUACUGCUCAAUCAAAACUUCCGAAAAACAUUUAUAACUUUACUAUACGCUAUAUCAAUAACUCUCUUCCAACACGUAAGAAGCUUAGCAGAUGGGGAUUGUCUUCAAGUUCAGAAUGCUCCUUUUGUCUCGGCCCAGAAUAA